ACUUACACAUUUGUAGCCCACGACACGCACGCGAGCAACAUAAUACAUUUUAUAAGCUUACGGCGCGUGCUGUCGUGUUAUGUACGGUUGUUCGAGAGUUCUGCUGAAACUGUGGCAGUGUCUGCUCAUCGCUCCGGUGGUGCGGAAUCGAGGCGGCGGUGGCGGCAGGGGUGACGAGUACACGUUCAACGCUGUGUGGUACACGUUCAAUUUGAGCGUGCUAUGCGCGUGCCUGGUGUGCGGCUUGGCCGCGGUGUCGGACGACCUCCAGGCGGCCAAGGGGGGUCGAUCGCUGCGCAUGCAGAACACCUCGUCGGCUGUGGUUACGGUGUUACAGAUUUCGCUGGAGUUCAUUACGUGCGCGAUGGCCGUGAUCUCCUCGGCAGCCCGGCAUCGCACACUUCUGGCCAUCGAGCGGCAGCUAAAACGCGUGGACGCCGCGCUGGCCACGUGUCCCGGUCAGCCGGUGGCGCGGUACUCGCUCGCGCUGAUCACUGUGCACGUGGUUUUGUGCGUGGUUGACGGACGUAUGUGGUACGCGCUCAGCUCGAUUAGCUGGCUGUACGGCGUCAGCUACGUGUACUUAUCCAUCGACUUGGCUGCGAUGCUCAUGUACGCACAGAUCGCGUGGAACAUCGGGCGCCGGUUCGAGGACAUCAACGCGGAGGUUGAGGUGAAACUGUUGGGCUUCAAGCAUAACAUGACUGCGGCCCACCGAGGCCAUCGUAUGCCACUGCGCGUGCGGAAAUUCGCUAGAAACACCAUUUUCGUGUCCACCGUGAUCAGUACUCCGGGCCCAGCCGACAGCCACGAUAUGAAUAUGAAAAAUAUUUCGAUAUCCAACCUACAAGAGCUUCACUGGAGUCUUUGCAAUAGUAUAAAAAUGGUCAACGACACAUUUGGAUGGCAAUUAUUUUUGCAGCUAUUCUGUAAUUGCGUGCAACUAAUAGUUACUCCGUAUUUUAUGAUAAUGGAUUUAUUUUACCCGGUGAUUUAUGGUUCUACAGAUAUUAAAUUUAUAAUGUUGCAAGUGAUCUGGGUAUUGACUCAUUUGAGUCAUUUGUUAUUAAUCGUAUUACCUACAUCUUAUGCUACUGCAAAAGGCGAAGAAACUGCUGUGAUCAUAUGUAAAUAUCUGACUAUCAAAUUGGAACCAGAUGAUAUGAAACAGUUUGAAAUAUUCGCCCUUCAAUCGCAAAAGUAUGCAAUAAAUUUUUCAGCUUGCGGAAUAGUAAAUUUACAUCGUUCUUCUAUUACCACGAUUAUCGGAACGGCACUCACAUAUUUAGUGAUAUUAAUUCAAUUUCAAAACUCCGAUUAGAAUAAUUCAUUACUAAAAACUAUGGCGAUUAAUGACGAUUGAAUACACACGUGUACAACGGUACAUUAUAUAUUAUUAUCAUGAGCACGGACGGUAGGUGUAGGUGUAUCGUUAUGAAUGAAAAUUAUGCGGUUCAACCUAUUCUAAUAAGUGCCGACCAAAUUACACAGUGUAACGCGCAUGGACAUUAUUAUAAUACGUUAUUACCUUGUCAUAAUACGUUUCCGUAUGACCUAGUACGACAUGUCACUCGAUAAUCACAAUAACCGAUUGCAUGAAUAUGUAUAUUAAUAAAGAGCGAU